AUGGCGGACGUGAAACCUCAAUCCGACGCCUCGGAUUCUCAGCCGCUCGUUGACAAUCAACCGUCUCAGCCACCGCCGCCGCCGCCGCAGCCUGAGGUUGAUGAACAGGAGAAUCAACGGAAAUUAUCCCCUGUCCCACCGCCGCAACAGCCACACUGGAUGCCGAUGCGAUAUCCACCGGCGGUUGUAAUGCCGCAUCAGAUGAUGUAUGCUCCGGCGCCGCCGCCACCGCCUUACUCGCCUUAUCAUCAGUUUCCGAAUCACCACCAUCAGCACCAUCAGUCUCGCGGUAACAAGUAUCAGAACGCAUCCAACGCUGAAAACAAAACCAUCUGGAUCGGUGAUUUGCAUCAUUGGAUGGAGGAGAGUUUUCUUAAUUCUUCUUUUGCUUCCGCCGGCGAGAUUGUUUCAGUCAAGGUCAUUCGCAAUAAGCACACUUGUAUGUCUGAAGGCUAUGGAUUUGUGGAGUUUAUUUCCCAUGAUGUGGCCGAUAAGGUUUUGCAGGAACUCAACGGAAAAACCAUGCCGACUACUGACCAACCUUUCCGUUUAAACUGGGCUAGUUUUAGCACUGGCGAGAAGCGGCUAGAGAACAACGGCCCUGACCUCUCUAUUUUCGUGGGGGAUUUGGCGCCAGAUGUCGUUGAUGCUUUGUUGUACGACACGUUCUUAGCCAAAUACCCAUCGGUUAAAUCUGCCAAAGUCGUCAUAGAUGCCAAUACCGGCAGGUCUAAAGGCUACGGCUUUGUGAGGUUUGGUGACGAUAGCGAAAGGACCAAAGCAAUGACGGAGAUGCACGGCGUGAAGUGUUCAAGCAGAGCUAUGCGAAUCGGUCCUGCAACACCUAGGAAGACUACUGGUUUUCAACAACAAGGUGGAUACAUGCCGAAUGGUGCGAUGGCACGUCCUGAUGCAGACUCAUUAAACACAACAAUAUUUGUUGGAGGACUUGACGCUAAUGUCACUGACGAAGAUCUAAGGCAGCCUUUUACUGAGUAUGGAGAAAUAGUUUCUGUCAAGAUUCCUGUUGGCAAAGGAUGUGGGUUUGUUCAAUUUGUUAACAGACCAAAUGCAGAGGAAGCUUUGGAGAAACUUAAUGGGACUGUCAUUGGAAAACAAACAGUUCGUCUUUCUUGGGGCCGUAGUCCAGCCAAUAAGCAGCCUAGAGAUAAGUAUGGAAACCAAUGGGCUGGACCGUACUACGGAGGACAGUAUUACAAUGGGUAUGGAUACAUGGUACCGCAACCUCAUGAUCCGAGGAUGUACGCCGCUGCGCCUUACGGAGGAUAUCCAAUGUACGGUGGUCAUCAGCAACAAGUAAGCUGA